AAAAAAAAAAAAAACGCGUCCUUUUCUUUUCCGAUGGCCAGAUCACUUCGACUGCACCGUAUUUUUUUAAGCCAUUUCAAGGGCCUCUGUGUCCUGCUCGUAUUAUUUUUACUAACUCGCGUCUUCCUUGAUCCCAUCCAUAGUGCUAUUUCCCGGUCAAAUCUCAUCCUGAACCUAUGAAUCCACCAUGAGCAUGCUUGAUUCGAUCCACACUCUUCCGUCGAAUAAUACUAGCAGUAACAGUGGCAACAAUGGCGACUUCAACAACACAACGACCCCUCUCCCAGUACCAUUGGCUACAAACAAUAAUGACAACGAGUCUUCAGCAGCAUUGGACCCAACCGCAGGGUCCACAACAACCAGUGGGCAUGUAUCCAAUAGCAUAUCCACGAGCAUCGGGGUGCUGAUCAGUGGCAGUAGCGUCGAGAAUUCUUUUAAUGCACCGACCCUGACCACGCUGACCUCUAUCAGGCCAAUUCAACCACUGGACGAGUCCUCAUCGAGUGUGCGCAACUUCCGCGUACUCUACGAUCCCUUCUUGGAUGCCAGCAAAUCGCGAAAUACCAGUGUGCUUUGCCGCUACCAAGACGAUCUCACGGAGGAGGACAAGAAUGAUCCUCAAGAUCCGCGUCGGACAGCAGCCAACUACAGCUACCUUAUUUCCAAAACGAGGAGAGCGUUCAAAGGGACUCUCACGCCUGUCCGAUUCGAGGUAUGAACAAACAUUCAGUCCCCUGGAAAGCCGUACCUGUUGCCUUUACUGCUUUC